CAACGUUGCAUAAUUCUCGAUGGUCAGCGGAUUACACAUAAAUCUCUACAAUUAUUAAGAGUGAUUAUCUGAUUAUGUGUGAGAAUAAUUAUCGAGAUAAAGAUGGUCGUUUUUGCAAAAGUAAUAAAAGAAAAUGGAGAGAAAAUAUUGCAGCAGCAAAUUCUAAGCGUCAAAAAAUGAAUAAAAAAUAUUUUGAAGGAAGAAGAGUGAUUGACAUUGUUAGGUUAGGUGAAGACAUGUGGUGCAAUGCGUGUAAUAUUCCUCUUUCGAUGCAAUUCAUUAAAGAAGAAUGUUUAAGAGGAUUAGCUAGUGUCUUUAGAAUAAAAUGUUUCAAAUGUGACAUAAUUUAUUCAGUGAAAACUUCAAAACAAGACAGUGAUGAUGGUACCUAUCACAUAAACGGAUUGCUCGCUUUAGCAAUUUACGAUGCUGGUAUUGGAUUAGCUGAAAUAAAUAAAAUUUUAACUAUUUUAAAUAUUCCACCAGUUCAUCAACAACUAUUAAAACGAAAUGAGAGGAGAGUUGGAAUAGCCAUAGAGAAAGUAGCAAAAGCAAGUUGUAUUGAAGCUUUGAAAUUAGAAAAGGCCAUGACAAUACAAGACAGAUUAAAUCAUGAGGAAUCAACACUAAUUAUUGACUUGGAUGGUGGAAGAACUAAUGACGAAGACACUAAUUGUAUCAUUGACAUUAACAAUGAUAAGGAGAUAAGCGAUGAUAUUAAAAAUAAUAAUAAAAUAACUUAUAAUACAGAAAUUAACAAUAACGACGAGAUAAAUAAUAAAUUCAAAAAUAACAAUAAAAUAACAUUUAAUAUGGAAAUAAACAAUAACAAAGAAAUAAUUGAUAUCGAAGAAAUUAACAAUAACAAAAUAAUUAUUAAUAACGAACAAAUCAACAGUAAUAACAGCGAUAUUAUUAAUAAUAAAAAAAACAGAAAAUAUGUAAAUCCUGACAUUAUCUCUUUUAGUGAAAUAUCUGAAGGCAGAAGAAAAAAUAAGAGUGAAGAGAAGAAGCAAAAAUUGAAACAGUGGAGAGUUUUAAAGAAAAACGUAGAACUGAAAGAAUCAAAAUUAAAAUCAAAAAUAGAAUUAUUUGAUUUACCAAAAACUCGCGAUACUCGCAAGGCUCUUGAAAUGUUAGAUGUAAAUACGCUUGCUACAAAUGGAGAAGUUGGCUGUGCUUUUGGUUUGGAUGCAGGUUGGCAGAAAAGCGGGCGUGCCCAUAAUAGUCGCACAGGUCAUUGCACUGCUAUUGGUCGUAAUUCCAAUUUAUGUGUUAGUUAUGACGUUUGUACAACCGAAUGCCGACUAUGUGCACGUGGUGUUUCUAGAGAUCAGCAUGACUGCCGGAUUAAUCAUUCCGGAAGUGCCAAAUCAAUGGAACCAGCGAUGGCUGAAAGAAUGCUAAUUGAAAAUCUUGAUUUUCAAGUCGAGGGUGUAAAAACUACUAUUUUUAUUGGAGAUGAUGAUUCGUCUACUAUAGGAUGUUUGAGGAGGAAAUCAAAUCAUCCUAUUACUAAAUUAUGUGAUAAAAAUCAUGCUAUCACUAAAGUUACGUCAGCUCUUUAUGGGCUUAAAUUACCAACUAUGGUCAUCGAUUAUUUAAAAUAUCUUUUCAAAUGUGCCAUUGAAAACAAUAAUGGUGACGUGGAAGUAACUCGAAAAGCUAUCUUAACUAUAGUUCCUCAUUCUUUUGGAGAGCAUCUGGAGUGUGGAGCAUGGUGUAAAUAUAAAGAUAAUCCUGAGAAAUAUCAACAUAAUAGACUCCCUAAGGGCAAACCUUUGACUGGUGAACAAUUGAAGGCAUCGCUGACUUCUCUUUUUAAACGACAAGCUGCAAAAGCCGAAGAAUUAGCACCCGGUGCAUUAACGCAAGCGAAUGAAUCUCUUAAUCAAAUGAUUGCAAGACAUCAUCCAAAAAAUAAAUUUUAUGGAGCAUCAUCUUCAAUUCAUGCUCGCAUUGGCGCUGCUAUUUCUCAGAAAAAUAUUGGAACUACUUAUGUUGAUGUGGUUAAAAAAGAGCUUUCAUAUUCUCCUUCGACAACAAGAGCAAAAAAAUAUAGAAGCUCACUUGAUGAACGAAGGAAAAAUCAUGCAAUCACUUCUCAAAGUACUGUUGGAAAAAAACGGAGACGUGCAUUAUUUGAAGAACGUCGUAAAAAAAAUAAUGUCAUUGAAAGGAAGGAAGGUAUUUCCUACCAGUCCAAUUGUGGAGUAGAUAUUGGUGUAAACUUUAUUGAUAAACCUAUGGUUUUAGAAAACAAAUUAAUAAUUACAGAGAAGUCCCAACUCGUGUAUUUAGAUAUUGAGAGUACAGGAUUUGUAGGAAGUGGAAUAAUUCAAAUCGCAGCUAAAUAUAACAGUGAUGAAUUUAGCGCAUAUAUUAUGCCAUCAAAAAAUAAUCUUCCUCACAUCACAGACUUGACUGGCAUCAAAUUAUACAACGGGACAUUGGUAGUAGAUUCUUCACCAGUUUUAACUCUCUCACCUCGACAAGCAGCCAAUGACCGCACACAACUGUUUUACAUUUGA